AUGGAUUCCCUAAUUCACAAAUUAUUACAAUCUCAAAAACAAAUUCAAGCUGCAAUUUCAAACGAUCUGCAAACUUCAAAAGAAAUUGAAGUUGAUUCUGCAAUUGAUGUUGAUUUAAACAAUGAUUCUAUGCAACAAACCCUAAAUUGCAGGCAAUGUGGGAAUAAUAUUGACCUAAAUUGCGAAAUCAAUGACAAUGCAAUGCAUCAAAACCUCAAUUCAGAUUCAUAUGAGAGUAGAGUUAUUCUCGAUGAACAACAAAUCUCAGCUGAUGAAGUGCAAAUCUCGGUGGAUGAAGAGCAAAUCUCAGAGGAUGAAGAUUCAACUUCUGAAGUCAUUGAAACCAAUAUUGAUGUCGGGAGAACACUGUUAGGCAUUAGAACAAAAACCUUAGAAGAAAUGCAUGAGAUUUACAAAAAACAUGUAUCAAUUGUAGGAUUUUCAGUAAGGAAACAUACAGGUAGGACUAGGGAUAAAACUGGAAAAGUUAUUGUGGAGAAAUACUAUGUUUGUUCUGCACAAGGUAAAACAAACACUGGGGAAAGAAAAAAGAAAAAAAUAGAAGCAAUUGUGGAGAAUGCAGAAAAGAAAAAGAAAAGAAAACCUAGGCAAGUUCCUAUCACAAGAACAGAUUGUAGAGCUUGUAUAAGAGUCAAGAUGAAUGAGGAUGGAUUGUUUGAAGUAGUACAACAUGUUUUGGUACAUAAUCAUGAUCUCACAAGAAAACAAUGGCACUAUCUUCAUCGAUCUGAAAGAGAGAUGACAGAAGAAAAGGGACAAGUAAUAGAAAACUUGCAGGACUUUCAGCUAUGGACUCAUAUCGAGCUAUGUGCAAUGAAGAUGGAGGUGGUGAUACAAGCAGUCUCUGAAAUAAUGUACCAGGAACUUGCUAAUGAUCCUGAAUUUUUCUUUAGAUUUAGAUUGAAUAAAGAAGGCAAGUUAAGAGCACUAUUUUGGAGAGACUCGAUGAUGAGAGAAGAUUAUAGUAUUUAUGGAGAUGUUGUAGUGUUUGACACUACAUACAGGACAAAUAGACACAAUUUGAUAUGUGCUCCUAUUGUUGGAAUUAAUAACCAUUGGAAAAAUUGCAUGUUUGGGUGUGCUUUUAUUAGAGAUGAGAAAAUUGAAUCAUUUGUAUGGCUUCUUGAGACAUUCAAAAAGUCAAUGGGAGGGAAAUGCCCAAUAUCAAUCUUCACAAACCAAGAUCAAGCAAUGUGCUCUGCAAUACAGAAGUUACCUUAUUUUUCUAAAAAUAUAUCUGAUUAUAAUUCAGGUCUUUCUAGAGUUGAGUUUGAAACUGAAUGGAACUCAAUGAUUGAGAAGUAUAAUUUACAAGAAGAUAGUUGGUUCCAAAGAAUUUAUGAUCUAAAAGCAAAGACUUCUUCUCAGCUGAUAUCCUCUCUUCCCAACGAAGUGAAACGUUGGAGAAGCACGGAAAAACAUGAUGAGUUCUCGCGUAGUAAAUCAACUGCAUCAUCAGCAAUACCAUUAUCUGGUCUGCUGAAACAUGCAUCAGAAAUCUACACUUUGUCUUUAUUCACAGAUUUUGAAGAAGAAUUUGGGUAUUUCAUUGCAACUACCUCAAAAUUGCUUUGGCAAAAUGGUAGUACCUUGUUCUAUUUAGUGGAAAUUGAAAGUGAACCUUGGUCGCAACAAAAAGUCAUUUUUGAAUCUGACAGCAACCAAGUUAAAUGCACUUGCAAGAACUUUGAAGCUUCUGGAUGGUUAUGCUACCACUGCAUCAGAAUAUUACACUUACAUUAA